UCGGGAGCCACCAUUCCUCUCCCCCUACUUAACAGCGCCUCCACCCCACCCAACUCAACACGCAAAGCAGAGUCCAUUCCACUAGUCGAGAGAAAAUCAAGAGCAGCGACCAGAGCUAGGGGGGAAAAGCAGAGGCAAAGCAUCGAAAGAAGAGAAAGAGAGCGAGGAUGUGUGGCGGAGCGAUCCUCGCCGAGCUCAUCCCGGGCGCGCCGGCUCGCCGCGCCGCGUCCGGCCACGGCCACGUCUGGCCCGGCAAGGGCGCCAAGCAGACAAAGGCCGCGGCGGCCGACGACUUCGAGGCCGCGUUCCGGGAGUUCAACGAGGACUCUGAUGAGGAGGACGUGGUGAUGGUGGUGGAGCGGCAGGAGGAGGUGGCCGAGAGCAAGCCCUUCGUGUUCGCCGCUUCGCCCAAGAAGAAGCAGCAGCAGCAGCAGGAGGAGGAGGAGGAGCAGGCGGCGCCCGCCCGCCGCAGGAAGCCGGCGCAGUACCGGGGCGUGCGGCGCCGGCCGUGGGGCAAGUGGGCCGCCGAGAUCCGCGACCCUGUCAAGGGCGUCCGCGUCUGGCUCGGCACCUUCCCCUCCGCCGACGCCGCCGCGCUCGCCUACGACGAGGCCGCGCGCGCCAUCCGCGGGCCCAGGGCCAAGCUCAACUUCCCUUCCUCCUCCGCCGUCGCCGCCGCGGCCCCGGGAGCACGCAAGCGAGGCCGCGCCGGCGCCGACGCGGCCCCCGCUGCCAAGCCAGCGCAGGUCAUCACCCUCGUCGACGAAGAGGAGGAGCACGCGUCGUCCUUGUUCGUCAAGCACGAGGCCGACGCGAGCGAGGGCUCCGAGUCCAGCGGCGCCCUCCCCGACUUCUCGUGGCAGGGCGUGUCGGCGUUCGACGAGGCCCCGGCGUACCCCGCCCCGGAGCCCGAGACCGAGCAGCUCGCGAAGCGGGCGAGGACGACGGAGGCCGAGGACGCCGACGAGGGCAUGUCGGCCCACCAGGCGUCCGACUGCGACUCCGACGCGCUGUUCGACGCGCUCCUCUUCGCCGACCAGUUCGCCUACUUCAACGGCGGCGCCUACGAGUCCCUCGACAGCCUCUUCAGCGCCGACGCCGUGCAGAGCGGCGCCACCGCCGCGGACGAGGCGGCCCUGGGGCUCUGGACCUUCGACGACGACUGCCUCGUCGACGAGUGCAGCCUGUCGUUCUAGAUCUUCUUGUUCCGCGUGCGUCCGUUCAUGUCAUGCGAUGCGGUGGUGUAAAUAGAGUAGCUUGCCUUGUGAAAUCUGUGUAAGAGUUUGACAUCGUUGUGAAAGAUUUUGCCUACGCCUUCGAUGCAAAA